CCGGGGCGCGGCGGUGCGGGCAGUCGGUGCGGGAGCGGGGCCGGGAGCGGAGCUCCGCGGAGCCAUGACCUCCCGCAGGUGGUUUCAUCCCAACAUCAGUGGGAUUGAGGCCGAGAAGCUCCUCCUGACCAGGGGUGUCCAUGGCAGCUUCCUGGCUCGCCCCAGCAAGAGCAACCCCGGGGACUUCACUCUCUCUGUCAGGAGGAACGACGAGGUGACCCACAUCAAGAUCCAGAACACGGGGGAUUACUAUGACCUGUAUGGGGGUGAGAAGUUUGCCACCCUGGCAGAGCUGGUGCAGUACUACACGGAGCAGCAGGGGCUGCUCAGGGAGAAGAACAGCAACGUCAUCGAGCUCAAGUACCCUCUGAACUGCCAGGACCCCACCUCGGAGAGGUGGUACCACGGGCACCUCACGGGCAAGGAGGCAGAGAAGCUGCUGACGGAGAAGGGGAAGCCGGGAAGUUUCCUGGUGAGGGAGAGCCAGAGCAAACCGGGAGACUUCGUCCUGUCGGUGCUGACCAACGAGGACAAGAUGGAGAGCGGGGACCGAAAACCACACGUGACCCACGUGAUGAUCCACUACCAGCUGGAUGGGAAGUAUGACGUGGGGGGAGGAGAGAGGUUCGACACGCUCACAGACCUGGUGGAGCACUACAAGAAGAACCCCAUGGUGGAGAAGUCUGGAGCUGUGGUUCACCUGAAGCAGCCCUUCAACGCCACGCGCAUCAACGCAGCCAACAUCGAGAACAGGGUGAAGGAGCUCAACAAAAUGGCAGAUCACAGUGAGAAGGCCAAGCAGGGGUUCUGGGAAGAGUUUGAGAUGCUGCAGCAGCAGGAGUGCAAGCUCCUGUACCCCAGGAAGGAGGGACAGCGGCCGGAGAACAAGGCCAAGAAUCGCUACAAGAACAUCCUUCCCUUUGACACCACCCGGGUGGCCCUCAGGGACGUGGAUGAGAGUGUGCCUGGCUCAGACUACAUCAAUGCCAACUACAUCAAGAGCAUCCCUGAAGAUGGAAGGAGCUCGGAGCACUGCAAGGUCUAUAUAGCCACCCAGGGCUGCCUGCAGACCACUGUGAACGACUUCUGGGCCAUGGUGUACCAGGAGAACACCCACGUCAUUGUCAUGACCACCAAGGAGGUGGAACGGGGCCGGAACAAAUGCUUCCGUUACUGGCCCGACAAGGGCAGCACCAAGGAGUUUGGGGGCAUCUGCGUGCGCCACGUGAGCGAGCGCGAGGCCCAGGGCUAUUUGCUGCGGGAGCUGGAGGUCCUGCGGCCGGACAGGGACGAGCGGCCCAGGCUGGUGAGGCACUACCAGUACUUCAGCUGGCCCGACCACGGCGUGCCCAACGAGCCAGGAGGGGUUCUCAGCUUUCUGGACCAAGUGAAUCGGGCACAGCGCAGCAUUCCGGGCACCGGGCCCAUCGUGGUGCACUGCAGUGCUGGCAUUGGACGCACGGGCACCAUCAUAGUGAUCGAUAUCCUGGUGGAUACCAUCCACAGGCAAGGCCUGGACUGCGACAUCGACAUCCCCAAGACGAUCCAGAUGGUGCGGCGGCAGCGCUCGGGGAUGGUGCAGACGGAGGCUCAGUACAAGUUCGUGUACAUGGCGGUGCAGCAGUUCAUCGAGGCCGAGCAGAAGAGGCUGGAGGAAGAACAGAGGAAUAAAAGGAAAGAACGAGACUACCUGAACAUUGGCUACCCUCCCAUGGAAAAGGGCAGAGCCAAAGGGCAGCCCCCCUCCCCACGGACCCCCUCUGGGGUGGAUGAGGAGUCAGCUUCCGUCCUCUACGAGAACCUCAACAUCAAAAGCCCAAAGGUUUCAGGGAUGAGUAAUUCAGGGCGAUAGAGGAGCUGUGUGGAGGCUCCACAGGAUUUCCAGUGUUUACGUCCACCCUCCCCAAGUUCUGCAACUGAGGACAGUUUUGUUUGCCUGUCUUGCCUUCCCCCAAGCACCUUGGAUUUGGAGAGGAGGGGAGAAGCUGCCCGAGAACCUGCACCUAAGAACACGCCUUAUCCUAACUUAUUCAUGAGAAGGAUCUCCUCCCACUCUCCCCCUGCAUCAGUAGGUUGAUAUUUAUGUGAAAGUGCCUCUGGACAUUCUUUAGGGCAUCAAGGCUCAGCUUCAGGGUUGUUUUGAUU